GAUCUCAAGACUGGACCUCCAGCAUCCAAGCACUGCCAAAGAAACAAGGGUAGUCACCCAACAGUUCUACGCGCACCACCUAGGAGGCUCCUUCAGGAGGUGACGGUACCAAAGACUGAGUAUCGUCAACGUCUUCAUGGAUGGACCACCCAAGAGAUGGCUGAAGCGCAAGGACGAUCUGAAGAAAUGGAGGAAAGGCGUAGACUACAGCAGGCUAUGAAGAAAGAGCAGGUGAAGCGCCGUGCAGCAGAGCUUAGGGCGCGGCAGACAAAAUACCAGGCCUCCAGGCGCCCAGUCCAGCCAGACCAACCGCCCAAGAAUGGGCAAGGCUUGCAGCUGAACGUGGUCGGUGAGACAGUGGGUUUCGCCCAGCGAGACAAAGUUUCUCCGAAGGUGCAUUCGGGACCAGCCCCAACUCCUUCACAAAGUCGCAGUGCCGCGAAAACGCCUACAAAGUUGGGCAGCGAUUCGGGAAAGUUCAAGGCAGCGCAUUCACCGCCAUCAGUGGCUUCAACGCGUACUCCCAGCGAGGUGGAUUCCUGUGAUUCACGACCAUCAACAGCUUCUAGUUCACGCAGCCAGGCAACAAGCUUGAAGCUGCAACCAGAGCAGGCAGCUGCAGAAACAGCUGCCGCUCAAAAGCAGGCACAGUCGGCCACCAAUGAACCGUUGAAAGCAAGAGCGCCACUUGCGGAAGGCAAGGGUCCUUCAAUGAGAACACAAGCUCGGGAGAAUGCCACUGGAGAUAGCACGGGCAAGGUCGGGAGAGCCCUCAUCAAGGCUUUGCAGGCCUGGUGGGAGCAGAAGCAAGCAGAACGGGUGCCAUUGCAAGCUCAAAAGCAUUCACCAGACCCGGUGCGUGAAAUGGCCCGCGCAAAAUCUGCUGGCUGCCUUCCAGGGCAGGCAGCAGAGGUGCGCGAUGGACACUGGGGUAGCUUGCCGACUCGUUGGCAUGGCCACGGCUUGGACCGCGGUGCAUCUGUACGGUCGCAGAAAGACUGCCGAGUGCGGGGUGCAAAGUACAUGCCGCGCCCAGCCUCUAUGGGAAGAAUUCCUGCAGGAUCACCGGAAUUCUGCGUGGACAGAAUUUAG